AUGUUGGAGAUGACCUUGGAGGAGGCUCAUAGCAUGGACCAGUGGAAUAUGCGUUUCUACUUUCACAUGUCUGGAGAAGGCAUUGGGACCCUCAGCGUUUUCAUCAAAGCCAAAGGGCACCAUCACCUCCUGCUGAACCUGACAGGAGAUCAGGGCAACUACUGGCAGAUGAGGGAGAUCCAGCUGAGCUCCUCCAUGGACUUCCAGGUGGUGUUUGAGGGCAAGUGGUUUGAACUGGAAGAAGCACCGACAGGGAAACUCCACCUAAAGCUGGAGUGGCUCUCUCUGUUCUCCACUCCCGAGAAGCUGGAUCAGGUGCUGCGAAAUGUGCGUGCAGACAGAAGCCCAGCCAGUGAUGGACUGUCAUCAGCUCUGCUGGUGAUCUAUUUGGACUCAGCUAAAAACCUACCUGGUGUCUUCACAGGCAGCUUAGGCUGUGGGAACUUAAGUGAGAGGAGAGCAUCUGGCUUGAUCUUUUGUGAAAGCAAUACGACUGAGGGUAGAACGAUUUUUUCAACCAAGAAGAGCAGCAGUGAACCCAGCCCUUAUGUCCAGUUCAUAGUUGGUCAUAAAACACUCGAGAGUAAGGACGGUCAGCUCGCGGUGAAAUUGCCACAUGCGGCUGGUGAAUAUAUGGCAAGCCCUGUUGUCAAGUAA